AUGCAACCACACACCCCCCGUCGGUUUUACCUCAUCACGUACCCGCGCACCGGGUCCAACCUUCUAGUUCGCAUGCUAGGGCUGGCAAACCAGCCACACAUGAGAGCCGGCGAUGACCGCGGUGGAUACAUCUUUCUUCCCGUAGUCAAGCUGAUCACGGACCUCGGUCUUCGCAAGAAAGAGGUGACAGAUUGGACCGAAGAGGAGAUCAUGCAGGUGCGAUGCAGCUACCAGGAAUGCUUCGCUGAGUUCCAGGAAUACUUGGACAAGGCUUCAGCGGAUGGAUGCUCGGUCUUUAUCAAAGAACAUGUUCAUUUCCUCAUUGACCCCACAACCCUCAGCCUGUUCACGUUUGGCAACUCCGCGGGAGACACCACGAGGCCGUCAUGGAUGGUGCAGUAUCUUCCCGAGUCUUAUGAAGGGAAGGCGUCCGGCACACGCUCCCCGCUAAACGAGACUGUCCUGUCAGACGAGUUUCUUCGGAGCUGGCAACCGACAUUUCUCAUUCGACACCCGGCGUUGGCAUUCCCCUCGCUAUACAGGGCUCUACUUGAGCUGGAAGGCACCGGCAACCCACACGAAGACGAACAGCUCGGACAGCAUUGCAUGACGCUACGCUGGACCCGGAAUCUAUACGGCUGGUAUAUGCGGGAGGGUAACUGUGUAGACGAUCGUACUGCCUGGCCGAUUGUGCUGGACGCAGACGACAUCAUGACGGACCCAGGGCUGGUGAGCGACUACUGUCAAUUACUGGGAAUGGACCCGUCUCGCGUGAGCUGCUCGUGGAUGCCGGCUAGCAAGGAGCAGCGGUCUCACAUGAACAUGUUUACAAAGCGAUACCUCAGUACAUUACUGUCAUCGGGGGGAAUUGUCACUGACAAGAUUGCAGGACGUGUUAAUAUUGAAAUGGAGGCCGAGAAGUGGUGUGAGGAGUUUGGCGAGCGAGUUGGACGAAGACUUGAACGGUUAGUUCGGGAGGCAAUGCCUGAUUAUGAGUUUCUGAAGGCUAGACGAUGGAAGGCCGGGCGUCAUGUCCAGAGGGAUGCGCUCAUGCCGGCUCUGAUUUGA